UGAUACUUGAGGGACCGAAGGCAGCAAGGCUUAGGGGAACGGGGAAGCGGGACCUGGGCCCGGGGUCGGGGGAGGUCUAACCUUUCGCCCCUGUGCGUGCCCCCACUGCGGGCUCUGGUUAGCUCUGCCCCGCGAUUCCCCAAGGAUGCUGUUCCGCCCACUAGUGUUCUUCUGCCCCACGAACUGUCCUGGACCCCCACAACCCCUCUUCCUGAGUCUCCCAGCUGCUGACCUCACUCUUCUCUGUCGCCAAGUCACUGACAUGCAGCUGUUUGUCCGUGCCCGGGAGCUGCACACUCUUGAAGUGACCGGCCUGGAGACAGUUGCCCAGAUCAAGGCUCAUGUGGCCUUCCUGGAGGGCCUCACCACUGAAGACAAAGUCGUGCUUCUGGCAGGUUCUCCCCUGCAGGAUGAAGCCACCCUGGGUCAGUGUGGGGUAGAAGCCCUGGCAACCCUGGAAGUGGUUGGCCGAAUGCUAGGAGUGGGAAAACGAAAGAUGGAUCGAGAGCAUCGCAUCUUUCAGGAAAAGUGGGAACGAGCGUAUUUCUUUGUGGAAGUUAAGAACAGCCCCGUGUGUUUAAUAUGUAACCAGACUUUGUCUGUGUCAAAAGAAUACAACUUAAGACGCCAUUACGAGGCAAACCAUAGCAAGCACUUUGACCGGUAUACGGAAGAGAUGCGUGAUGAAAAACUUAACGAACUAAAGAAAGGACUACACUUUCUUCAGCAUCUGUCAUCAAAUACAAAUAAACUAAGUGAUGCUGCUGUGAAAUGCAGUUAUGUCAUAAGUGAGAAAAUUGCCCGGGCAUCGAAACCUUUUACAGAUGGUGAGUUUAUAAAAGACUGUCUCUUGAGUGCUGCGGAAAUCCUGUGUCCAGAGCAGAAACCGGCAUUUGCCCACAUAAGUCUAACUGGAAACACUGUUGCUCAGCGAGUAAAAGAUAUGGCCGAGAACCUACAGGACAAGUUGCGAGAAAAAGUGAAAUCAUUUGUGACAUUUUCUAUUGCAGUUGAUGAGAGCACAUACAUAAAUAAUACGAGGCAGUUGAUUAUAUUUAUCCGGGGUGUUGAUGAGAAUUUUGACAUCACUGAAGAACUUUUGGACAUGGUGCCCAUGACAGACCCAACAGCUGAGAAUGACCUGUUUUUGUAUGUUGAGAAAAGUCUUGAAAAGUUUAAUGUUGACUGGUCAAAACUAGUAAGUGUAACCACAGACGGUGCUCCUGCGAUGGUCUGUGAUAACACUGGACUUGUGGCAAAACUUAAAUCCAAGGUCAAAAUGUUUUUCAGGGAUGCAGAGCUUAAAUCUAUCCACUGCAUUAUUCACCAGGAAUUGUUUUGUACUAAAAAGUUAAAGCUAGAACACGUCAUGGACGUAGUGAUUAACACAGUAGACUGGAUACGCACCCGGGGCUCCAACAACAGGCAGUUCAGGGGUUUGCUCGAGGAACUGAAUGCCCAAUACGGCAAUCUCCUUUACUAUACAAAGGUAAGGUGGCUUAGUCGUGGCAUGGUGCUGAAGAGAUUUUUUGAAUUGAUAAAAGAGAUAGACGUGUUCAUGUCUUCCAAGGGCAAACCCCUUCCCCAGCUCACCAGCGAAGACUGGAUCAGAGACCUGGCCUUUUUAGUUGACAUCACAAACCAUCUGAACACUUUGAAUAUCUCCCUCCAGAGACGUUCACAAGUAGUGACACAAAUGUAUGAUUCAGUUUGCUCUUUCCUCGCAAAAUUGAGUCUCUGGGAAGCUCAUUUGGCUGCAAAUAAUCUGGCUCACUUUCCUACACUGAAAUCGGUUUCCAGAAACGAACGUGAUGGCUUAAUCUACAUCCCCAAAAUUGUGGAGUUAAAGAUGGAAUUCCAAAAAAGGUUCUUUGAUUUCAAACAUUAUGAAAAUGAACUCAUACUGUUUAGCUCACCUUUCUCAAUUAACAUCGAUAGCGUUAAUGAAGAAUUACAAAUGGAAGUUAUUGAACUGCAGUGUAAUACGGUAUUAAAAACGAAAUAUGAUGACAUUGGAAUACCAGAAUUCUACAAAUACCUCAGCAAGAGCUACCCCAAAUAUAGAAAACAUUGUGCAAAAAUUCUGUCCAUGUUCGGAAGCACCUAUGUCUGUGAACAGCUGUUUUCUGUUAUGAAAUUGAGUAAAACUAAGUUUCGCUCCCAAUUAAAGGAUACAGGAUUACACUCAGUUCUCCACAUUGCGACUCGAAAUAUGAGACCAGACAUUGACAUCUUGGUGCAGAAAAAAAGGUGUCAGGUUUCUGGUUCCAAAUCAAAGGAAUAACAGAUUAUGAACAAAAAUUUUAAUAAUUAAAAGAUUUCUAUUUUUCAACAUGUAUUUUUAAAUUUUGUCUUUGAAACACCCAGUAUUAUAAACUUUAUAUGU